AUGCGGUGGUCGGUUGCGGCUGCGAUUUCGUCGACGGCCAAGGGGUUUCUUCAUCGGCAAUUCCUGAAGAAGCGUGUUGCUCCUUCGUUUAGACUCUGCGGUUUCCGCUUCUGGGUUCGAUCAUUUUCUGGUGCUACUCACUAUCGAGAGAUUCUGAGAAGCGGGCUUCAGGAUAUCGAGUACAAUGAGGCUGUUGAUUUGUUCUUUCACAUGGCUGAGUUUCGUCCCCUCCCUAACAUCGUUGAAUUCAACAAAGUAUUGACUGUCGUUGCCAAGAUGAAGAGGUAUGAUGUUGUGAUCACUCUCUGGAACUCUCUGGAAGAUGUGGAAAUCACACCUGAUAUCUACACCUGCAACAUUCUACUCAACUGUUUCUGCCGCUGCUCUCAGCCUUGCUUUGCCUUGUCUUAUUUUGGGAAAAUGAUGAAACUUGGUAUUGAUCCCGACGUGGUGACGGGGGGAUCUCUGGUCAAUGGACUCUUCCACAUGAAUAGAAGCGAGGAUGCUCUUUACGCGGCUGAUCAAAUGGUGAAAAUGGGAAUUGCCUUUAACGCUGUAGUCUACACCAUACUCAUUGAUAAUCUUUGCAAAAGCAGACGUUUGGUUGACGCCAUGGAGAUUUUCAAGCGUAUGGGGAAGAAAAGGAUCACACCGAAUGUUGUUACCUACAGCGUUCUCAUCAGUGGCCUUUGUAAUUCCGGCAAACUGAGUGAAGCCUCUCAGCUGCUGCGCGAUAUGGCCUCCAGGAAAAUCUACCCCAACGUAGUCACUUUCAGUGCGUUGAUCCAUGCUUAUAUGAAAGAUGGGAUGCUUGUGGAGGCUAGUGGUGUGCACAAGGAGAUGAUCCAAAUGUCUAUAGAACCGAAUGUUUUCACUUACAGCGCACUGAUCAACGGGCAUUGCAUCCACGAUCGUGUAGAUACGGCGAGACAGAUUCUCGACACGAUGAUAAGCAAAGGGUGCGCCCCAAAUGUGGUGACUUACUCUACUCUUGCAAAUGGAUAUUUCAAGUCGAACAGGGUAGAGGAAGGGAGUAGGCUUCUCUACGAGAUGUCUGAAAGGGGAGUGGCCGAUAACGUAGUCUCUUGCAACACUCUUAUCCAGGGGUUUCUACAAGCAGGCCACAUCGAUCUUGCCCUAGAUUAUUUUUUAAUAAAGAUGCCUUCUUUAGGUCUGCCUCCCAAUAUCAGGAGCUACAGCAUUUUGUUAGCUGGUCUAUUUGUCAACGGGAAGGUAAAACUAGCAUUGCGUAUAUUCAAAGAUAUGCGAGAGACUAGGAAUGAUAUUGAUAUUAUUACAUAUACCAUCGUUAUACAUGGGAUGUGCAAGGCUUAUAUGGUGGAGGAAGCAUAUGCAUUGUUCUGCAGCCUCGGCUCCAACGGAGUGGAGCCUGAUGGUCAAGCAUACACGAUAAUGAUCUCAGGAUUGUCCCGGAGCGGCUUGCGGGCCAAAGCGGAUGCGCUGAGGAGGUCUCUCGGGAAAUACAAGCGUAACAGAUGA